GUCUUUUCCCCCCUUAGGAGAAGUCGGCAAGGUGGCGGCGGCGGCGGCGGCGGCGGCGGUUGUCCCGCCGGGCCGGUUGGCGUGACCGGUCGGCGCGUGCUGCGCAGCGGCGUCCGCGUUUCGUCCGGCCGGGCGGAGCCGAGCGGCGGCCGAGGCCGGAGCCCGCGAGGGCGGAGGGCGGAGGCGGCCAGGGCGGCCCGUGGGAGGGAGCGCGGGGCCCCGGCAGCGCCGCCGGCUCCCGGCCCUGCCGGCCUCCUCCGUCGGAGCCGCGGCCAUGGCGGCCAGCGCGAAGCGGAAGCAGGAGGAGAAGCACCUGAAGAUGCUGCGGGACAUGACGGGGUUGCCGCACAACCGCAAGUGCUUCGACUGCGACCAGCGCGGCCCCACCUACGUGAACAUGACGGUCGGCUCGUUCGUGUGCACCUCCUGCUCCGGCAGCCUGAGAGGGUUAAAUCCACCUCACAGGGUGAAAUCUAUCUCCAUGACAACAUUUACACAACAGGAAAUUGAAUUCCUGCAAAAACAUGGAAAUGAAGUCUGCAAACAGAUUUGGCUAGGAUUAUUUGAUGAUAGAUCUUCAGCAAUUCCAGACUUCAGGGAUCCACAAAAAGUGAAAGAGUUUCUACAAGAGAAAUACGAAAAGAAAAGAUGGUAUGUUCCGCCAGAGCAAGCCAAAGUGGUGGCAUCAGUUCACGCAUCUAUUUCGGGGUCUUCUGCCAGCAGCACGAGCAGCACCCCCGAGGUCAAGCCCCUGAAGUCUCUGCUGGGAGAUUCUGCACCAGCUCUGCACUUAAAUAAGGGCACACCUAGUCAGUCCCCAGUUGUAGGUCGCUCUCAAGGGCAGCAGCAGGAGAAGAAGCAGUUUGACCUUUUGAGUGAUCUUGGCUCAGACAUCUUUGCUGCUCCGGCUCCUCAGUCAACAGCUACAGCCAAUUUUGCUAACUUUGCACAUUUUAACAGUCAUGCAGCUCAGAAUUCUGCAAAUGCAGAUUUUGCAAACUUUGAUGCAUUUGGACAGUCUAGUGGUUCGAGUAAUUUUGGAGGUUUCCCCACAGCAAGUCAUUCUCCUUUUCAGCCCCAAACUACAGGUGGAAGUGCUGGAUCAGUAAAUGCUAAUUUUGCUCAUUUUGAUAACUUCCCCAAAUCCUCCAGUGCUGAUUUUGGAAGCUUCAGUACAUCCCAGAGUCAUCAGACAGCAUCAACUGUUAGUAAAGUUUCAACAAACAAAGCUGGUUUACAGACAGCAGACAAAUAUGCGGCACUUGCUAAUUUAGACAAUAUCUUCAGUGCUGGGCAAGGAGGUGAUCAAGGGAGUGGUUUUGGGACCACGGGUAAAGCUCCUGUUGGUUCUGUGGUUUCAGUUCCCAGUCAUUCAAGUGCAUCUUCAGACAAGUACGCAGCCCUGGCAGAGUUAGACAGCGUGUUCAGUUCUGCGGCCACUUCCAGCAAUGCUUACACGUCCACAAGUAAUGCUAGCAGCAGUGUCUUUGGAACAGUGCCUGUGGGUGCUUCUGCUCAGACACAACCAGCUUCAAGUGGGCCUGCUCCAUUUGGGGCUACGCCUUCUACGAAUCCAUUUGUUGCUGCUACGGGUCCUUCUGCGGCAUCGUCUACAAACCCUUUUCAGACCAACGCCAGAGGAGCAACAGCGGCAACCUUUGGCACUGCAUCCAUGAGUAUGCCAGCAGGAUUCGGCACUCCUGCCCAGUACAGCCUCCCCACCAGCUUUAGCGGCAGUUUCCAGCAGCCUGCCUUCCCAGCCCAAGCAGCUUUCCCCCAGCAGACAGCUUUCUCUCAGCAGCCCAAUGGUGCAGGUUUUGCCACAUUUGGACAAACAAAACCAGUGGUAACCCCUUUUGGUCAAGUUGCAGCUGCUGGAGUGUCUAGUAAUCCUUUUAUGACUGGUGCACCAACAGGACAAUUUCCAACAGGAAGCUCAUCAACCAAUCCUUUCUUAUAGCCUUAUAGAGACACUAUACUGGAACGAACUUUUAUGUGAUCAUAUUACAUCUCUCCGCCUCUUGCACUGUUGUCUUGUUUCACUGAUCUUAGCUUUAAACAUGAGAGAAGUCUUUAAAAAGCCUGCAUUGUGUAUUAAACACCAGGUAAUAUGUGCAAAACAGAGGGCUCAGCAACAACUUUUUACUUGCGAAUUGGCAGAAAAGGUAGCGGCAUCAUGUACGUUAAAAAUUGGCUAAUGUUAAGUUAUUGCAGAUCCCACAUUCAUUAUGCUGCAGUACUGUACAUAUUUUUCUUAGAAAUUAGCUAUUUGUGCAUAUCAGUAUUUGUAACUUUAACACAUUGUUAUGUGAGAAAUGUUACUGGGGAAAUAGAUCAGCCACUUUUAAGGUGCUGUCAUAUAUCUUGGAAUGAAUGAUUAAAAUCAUUUGAAGCAUUGCUUCUGGAAAGUUCAAAGUCAAAAUCAGAAGGUUUUAUUCAUUCUUGAAUUUUCCCUUCUAAAGAGCUCUUCUAUUUAUUCACGGCUAAAUUCUUUAAAGAUGUGGAGACACCUGUCUGCGGAAUAAAGCUGAUCAUGUUUUGCUACAGUUUGCAGGUGAACAAAAUAAAUAUUAGAAAAUAUGCUAUUGUUUUUGUGUUCUUGCUGCAAUGCCUUUACCAAAGUGGCCUUAAAUAAUGAGUAGUGAGUUGAGAACAUCUUGAAUUCUUAAAGACUUCUAGUGACUAACUUUUCUAAAAAAGGCCAUGUAGAAAAUUUAUUAAAACUACUAGGACUGCUAUAUUCAGGAAUGUGACAGUGGAAAAGCAUUUAAAUGUAGCUUAUCAGAUUCACCAACGCUACUUCUCAUUUCUCUGCAACUUCUUAAUUUUGUGAAAUUUGUAAAUAUGGAGAAUUUGCAUGUAUGUGUAUUUACAAAUAUUUUUUAAAGAUCUUGAAUUCUCAAGACUGCAAAUGGCCUAUUUUAACUAUUUUUUUUUCUCCAUUUUAAUUGUCUUUGAAUGUAUUGGAAGCAGACGUGCAUUGACUGUGACAUGAUUGCACCUGAGGUUUUCUCCCCCCCUCAUUUUCCAGACAGACUGAUAUUAUCUAUAGAACAUUUGUUUGUGUUUGUUUUGGAGAUAAACAGGAACCCAUUGUUACCUUACAGUGAUGAAUAAUUUGUGUAAAAAGGUAGCAAUACUAAGCUUAGUUUUAUCUUUUUGUUAAUAUUCAAAUGAACUUGUUUACAUAUUUAUAUGUAGCAGGGCCUCAUUCAUCCCAAGAUAAUCUGGCACUCUCAUCAAAACCAAACACAACUAAGAGAGCUGAAACGAUUAAAAAAAUGCUUUGAACAAUACCCCUAAGUCAUGAAUUCUAUAUGUAGAACAUACGUGUUUCUCGGAAUGUGAGAGUUUAAUAAUUUGAUAAUUUGAUUUAUUAAUCCAUAGCAUAUUAGUGUUGAUGAAAGGAAGGAGUCCAGAGCAAUGAUGGAGAUCACACACUGCCAAAGGCCGUAGGGACAGCCCAGUCUAAAGGACAGCCAUAUUAGUAAUCUGGUAAUGACUCUGUGCCAUCAAAAUAGUAUGCAAUGCCUGUAUGAAAGGAAAUUAACAUUUUUUAAAGCUUUGUUUUUAGGCAAUGUAAGCAUCACUUUCCCCACAUUUUAUUUAUAUUGGAUGCAUUUUUUGCAGUGAUGGCUAUUACGUCAUGCUUUAAAGUCUGGGUGUUUACUUGAGGUGGCUGCGGUCAGGUGCCCUCCUCAGCGGGGGUGAGGUUUCUAUGUACUUGACGAGAGAUAAGCCUGUGACUUGGUCCUUUCUGAACAACCUGCCACUUAGAAUCCAGUUACUGUUGCUCAGGCUCAGCUGCACUCUGGGCGUAGUCUUGAACUCUUUGUACAUUUGGGGGACGUCAUCUGUUUUCAUGGAAGGAGAACUUAAAUGUCUUUAAACUUCUGUUUGAGAUUGUAUGAGAUUCAAAUCAAUUCUAUGUACAAGUUAUACUAUUAUAGGCCAUUACCCAAAUAACCCAACCGGCUUUCCAUCUAUUAAGUAAAUUAAACAGUUGUUAUCAAAAUAGUUUUAAAGACUAUUUUUUCUAGAUUUUGAGAUAUGUUAUUAAAUGGGGGACCAGUUUUGACUCUCAGUAAGGGCCUGUAUUCAAAAUACAACGUACUUAGGUUCAGAAUAGUUCCACUGUUAAAGUCAGUUUUCUCAUGACCUUUGUUUUUUUUAAAACUCCCCACCUUUUAGGCUUAAAUUUGGGUUUCCUCUUAGUUUUAGGCAUCAGUUGCCCAUUUGAAGGUCAGCGCACGGAGUAAUGGCUGAGGGUCUUCACACUGCUGGCUUACUGCUUGCAGCAUGUUUCCUGUUCUGUCUUUGAUCAGAAAUGAAUUUCCGUUUUAGGGUAGCAAAAACUGUGUUGAUAAAUUUUAAAACAUUUGUUGUUUUUAUGACACAAGGAAGGUUUUACUUUAGAUUUUGAAAAUACAAGUUAGGUUUUCAUUUUCUUCCUAAAAGCAUUUGUUUUAUAAAUUAAAUACCCUUUGUAUGGGAGGUACUUGGGACUGUCCCUGUUAGUUGCAAAGUCAGAGAGUAACUGGCUUCUUACUGUCACUGUGCCAGCAUUUAUGAAACAUGCUGUUUUUAUGUUCAGAGUUUUAAUAACUGCUGAAGAUCCCCCAAAGAGCUUUUUGUUUAUGAAACUUGAGUCUUUCAUAAUUAGUAUGUUACAUAUGAGUAUAGAGGAUUUUAAAAACAUCUUUUAAAUAUGAUUGCAGUAGUCCUAUUACUUGUUAACAUAGAUAUUUGAUGUAAACUAACCUUUCCAGAAUGAAAACACUUUUAUGUUUUGCCUACCUUUUCAAUAUUGGGGUUAAUAGAAACUGAGAUAUUCAUACUGUUUGCAUUCAGACUCGAUGUCGCACAGCAGGAAGGCACUGGAAACGUCAUUGUGCUCUUGUGAAGUCCAGAUGGUGAGAAAGUCACACACCCCUUACAAUCAAUAGAGAAGCAGUUUGACCUGAUGCAGCUCUUCAGGGUCCUCAGAUAAGCUUUUGAGAACUCAGUCCUAUUUGUGUGCUUCUGGUCUGUCUCCCUGUGAGAAACCUUGCUCCUUCUGAACUGAAGGGGUUGUUUGUUUCCUUUCAUGAAAUUCCAGUUGAAUUCAUUGUUAAUUUCUGUAAGAUAGUAAUGGUGAUAUUGUGGGUGUGGUGUUUUCUACACCCUUUGAGUAUAUCAGGCACUCACUGUGUGGUUUUCUUCUAUCAGCUCAUGUAAUGAAAUGUACAAGGCAUAGAACAGGUGAGCUGGUAACAGCUUUUAUUCUUGGGAGCAAGUACUGUUGGAUUAAAUUGUACUUUGAUAUUUAGGUGUGACUAGAUUCGCUUAAUUUUGAAAUUUCAAGUAACUUCAAAUAUUUUUCAAAAACACUUAAAUCAUUUAACAUCAGUUCUUUUUUGGUGAAAUAAGGACUGUUUGCUCUGUAGAGUCUGUUUUGUUUGUUUGUUUGUUUUAUAAUGACAGAGUCUCUGCAUAGCCCUGGCUAUCCUGGAACUCACUCUGUAGAUCAGGCUGGCCUCAGACUCACAUAGAUCCACCCACCACCCCGAGUGCUGGGAUUAAAGGUUGUCCUUCACCACACCUAUCAAUCCCCGAGAGUCUUAGUAGGCUGUAGAGCAGUGGAGUUAGUGACUGAACAGCUUUGUACCUCAAGUUGACAGUGGCUCAUUGUGUGGGACACUACAUACGUAUUUAUAUAGCCUAAAAGGAAAUAAAAAAUUUGUAUGAAUUGGGUUUAUUGUAUUGAACUUACCCUCAGCCAGUUGAACUUUGUGUAUUUUAAACUAGUGCCAUUAAUUUGCUUUUUGUGUGGUUGUAUUUGAACAAGUGAAGAUGAGGCGGGUGUAACCAGGACUGUGCUGCUGAGUGUUUGACAGCCAUCUCUGAAGAAAAGAACAAGGACCCUGCUUUCUAACUUCAGGCUCAUUUAACAGUAGUCUACGGAAUGCCAUGAAAUACAGUUUGGAAAAAGCAUGAGUGGAUCUCCUAAGCACCCGGUUAGACAGCUGCAGCACAGCACUGAUGUGUGGUCCCAGAACUGAUUGACUAGCUUUAUCGGUCCCUGAUGAUUGUAUCUGGGCUGUGAAAAGCCAUGGUUUGUGUUUUCAGUGAUUCAUUCUGUAAGCAUCUGGACAGUAGCUUACUUCUGAAAGUACCCUAUAAUUUGAAAAUGUCCAAGUGCUGUGAAGGCUUGGAGAAGAUGAUAGUCUGUCCUGGUGUACAGGCACUGUGCUGUCUGCUGAUGUGUGUGUGUAGAACUUGGGUUUGAAUCCCACAGGGGAGCAUGUACUUAGAAAGGGCUCCUGGUCUCCCACAUUCCACUGCUCCACCAAGUCUUUCAAUGGGUAGAUCCUGGGUAGGUAGGAAAAGUAGGUAGAGCUUUUCUCUGACACCUUUUCUUCCAACUUAGGACUCUGUUGCUCUUUCCAGUGAAGACUUCUGCCAAGAAGGUGCAUCUAAUAUCUUGUCCAUUCUGAAUGUUUUAUGCCUAUUGUUAGAAUCCAUUGUUCUGAAGUGUGUAUGUGGCCAGCACCUAGACCUGUGGGGGCUAAUGAAAACAGAAUGUUUUGAUUCAGAUUUUUUGCAAAAAGAAAAAAAUCCUAGACAGAAUAUUUUAAUUGCUGAUAAAUAUGCCUAUUGAAUUAAUUUUUUAAGUUGGUUUGUGCUUCAGAAUCUGCAUCAUGUCAUCUAAGCCACAGUCUAAAUACUCCAAAAGCCUUGUGACUGUGACAUUUGAGUCAGUGACUUGAGGCAGCUAAGGUUGUAAACUAAUGUUACAUAGUGUUCCUAGAAUGUGAUGAGUAGGGCCAGGUUUUUACAGACUUAGAGGUUUUUAUAUGUUCUAAAUAACAUCUGCUUAGGACUUUUUACCGUUGUGCAGUGUACACAGGGUAUAAGGUGCAAAAAUAAUGUUUCCCUCUGCGGCUUGAUUUUUCAUACUCCAGGGGAAAGAAAUACUGCCUUGUAUUUUUGAUCGUUUUCAGGAAUGCUGUCUUUUAUUAUGUCUUGUCCACAAAUCUAUGCAUGCUUUUCAUGGUUCUUCUUUUAAAACUUCAGGAUUUUGCAACCUAUUUUUUUGUUGUUGUUGUUUAAACUUGUACACCUUUCAUUUUGCCACAUGCAGCCCUAUCCCAUUGUGUGACUGGUAUCAGGAUCGAGGGUUGGGUGUCUCUUUGCAGGAACAUUUAUAUAUGUGUGUUUAUAUGUAUGCACAUAUGUAUAUGUGUGUAUAUGCAUAUAUAUACUUAUUUGAAAAUUCUCGAUUUUUGCCUGAUAGGAAAUGUUCAGUAAAACAGAUAAUUCUAUUUUGAGGCUCACCAGCUAUUUAAAUGUUUUUGUAUUCCCAUCUUAGAAAUUUUUCAGAUCUCUCAAACAAACUAUCUUUAAAUACUUGGAAAAUCCCAGCAUUUAAAUUAAACCACGAGACCAUUCAGUGCACUCACUGAGAGACUUUGGAAACCCAUGUCUUAGUUUACACCUUACUCUUUUUGUCACCCUACCUGUUCAUCCUGCAGUUUCUCAGAGUGGCUUGAAGACGUUCUUCGAAGUUUGUCAGUAUUAUCUCCUCAUUUACUGUAGCUUGGAAUGAAUCUUAUAUUUAUGAAAAGAAAGUACAAGUCUUUUUUUUCACAUUAGUGUUUACUUGUUGUCUUCAAAAUUAGCUUUUUACUCUGGAAAACAAAUUGAGGAACAACUCUGCUUACAUAAAUUAACAUGCAUUUAGUAUUCGUUAUGCAUAGGACUUACUUCCUAGGAAAGUUUGUUUUUAAUAAGGAACACUUACCUAAUAACUGAUCAAAAGUAUCUGGGCAUUUGAAGGGUAGAAGCAGAGUGAGGGAAGUGUGAAGAACAGUAGUAAGGUGCUUGCAUAUGGGAAAUGUUAACAUUCUAAGGGGAAGUGGUUUUAGGUUAGAAAUGUAAUAAUUUUGAUAAUUCUUUCCUUUUUUGGAGAUGCUGAGGAGUAAAGUCUUGGUCUUGCACAUGCUAGGCAAUGCUCUACAACUGAGUCUAGCUAAUUUCUUGUCAUUGUGAAAUAUUGUUGAAAGAACUUUUUAAAAAUAAAGACAUGAAUUUGUGUACCAUU